AUGCAUGCUUGUUCUCGCCAGGAUCUGAUGGUAAUUCAAAUUCCCGCUGUAAUUACUGAAAGAUUUCUCCCCGUGGUGUCGGGCUCCCUACGUCUCGCCGGCGUUGAUGGGGAUCCGAGUGAUCUCCCGCAGAACUUUGCCGAAUAUCUCGAAAACCCACCACACGAUCCAUACCGGAAUGAGUCCGGCACAAUGGUCCAGCUGGAUGCGUAUGUGGCCUUCUCAAAUUCGGAAUUCCGUUUCAAUGCCGUUUUUACAGUCGUCCCCGUGCGAUCUGGCAUCGUCCUAGGCCUGAGUGGAUUCAUCAAUCGAAUGGUGCAUACCGAGAUACCUUACGUGGUUUUAAAACAUAAUGGAGAAGACAUCGAAGAGAAUGAGUGGGGUAUUAUCAAUAUUUCACAGUGGCUCGACCUAGAUAAGCAGCUGCACCAGGUUUAA